AUGAGCACAUGGGGCAUUAUGCAGCUAAUGGAUGAGUUCUAUGGCUCUGUAAAACUAGUACCAUACGUAGGUAAAGAUGUGAGUAACUUCCGGUCCACACUCCGUACCAUUGAAAAGUACAAAAAUAUGCAAGAAACACUAGACUACUUUGAAGAGUUGAAAGUGCAAGAUGACCCUGAUUUCUUCUACAAGUUCAAGUUGGACAGUGAUUAUAAGAUUCAGAACCUAUUCUGGGUGGAUGGGUCAGCAAGGAAGGCGUAUGAGGCAUAUGGUGACUGUGUUUCAUUCGAUACGACAUACAUGACUAAUAUGUAUGACAUGCCCUUUGCUCCCUUUAUUGGAAUAAAUAGACAUGCUCAAUCGUUCCAGCUAGGAUGCGCAUUCCUAAGGGAUGAGAAGAUAGGUAGCUUUGUUUGGCUUUUCAAAGCAUUCCUGGAAGCGAUGAAAGGCAUGGCUCCCCUGAAUAUAAUAACAGAUCAAGAUGGGGCUAUGAGGCGGGCAAUUGAGCUUGUCUUCCCUAAUACAAAUCAUCGAAACUGCCGGUGGCACAUAAUAGAUAAAGCUUCUGGAACAAUUGGUCCAUACCUUUCAUCUAAUCAAGAAUUGAAGGAUGAGUUUACAGACUGUAUUAACUACAGUGUAACACCUGAAGAAUUUGAGGCGAAAUGGGUUGCUAUGAUUAAUAAGCAUGACCUGGGCGACAGCCAGCAUUUUUAG